ACCUCUUUCUCAAAGCUAAAACAAAUUUCAUCAAAUAACAAACUUUGGUCUCUCUAUUUUCUCUCCCUAGUCUUGUUGUUUUGUACAAAAGAAAAUCCCUAUAUUCAUGGCUUCUAACAAUCAAGAAUUACCAGAAGCCACAGUACAAAACGUGCUAGAACAAGGUAGCCUUAAAUGGGUAUUUGUAGGUGGUAAAGGUGGGGUUGGAAAAACAACAUGUAGUUCAAUUCUUGGUAUACUUCUUUCUCAGGUCAGAUCUUCAGUUCUAAUCAUAUCAACUGACCCUGCUCACAAUCUUAGUGAUGCUUUUCAACAACGCUUUACCAAGUCUCCUACACUUGUUAAUGGCUUCUCCAAUUUGUAUGCUAUGGAAAUUGAUCCGACUGUGGAGAAAGAAGACGCGGUCAGUUCAGAUGGGAUGGAUGACUUUUUGUCUGAUUUGUCAAACGCAAUUCCUGGGAUCGAUGAAGCUAUGAGUUUUGCAGAAAUGCUAAAAUUGGUGCAAACAAUGGACUAUUCAGUAAUAGUGUUUGAUACCGCCCCAACAGGACAUACUCUUCGGCUAUUACAAUUCCCAUCAACACUGGAGAAAGGGCUCGCCAAAGUGAUGAGUUUGAAGAAUAGAUUUGGGGGCGUGCUGAGUCAGAUGACUCGACUAAUGGGUGUUGAUGAAGAAUUUGGGGAGGCUGCUAUCCUUGGCAAGCUCGAAGGCAUGAAAGAGAUUAUUGAAGAAGUGAACAGACAAUUUAAGGAUCCAGACUUGACAACAUUUGUUUGUGUUUGCAUUCCGGAAUUCCUCUCUCUAUAUGAGACUGAAAGACUAGUUCAGGAACUUGCUAAAUUUGAGAUCGAUACACACAACAUUAUAAUUAACCAAGUGAUUUUUGACGAAGAAGUUGUUGAAUCCAAAUUGCUGGAGGCUAGAAUGCGGAUGCAACAGAAAUACUUGGAUCAGUUCUACAUAUUAUAUGACGAUUUUAACAUUACGAAGUUGCCUUUGCUGCCACAAGAGGUUUGUGGUGUCGAAGCCCUGAAAGGAUUUUCACAUCAUUUUAUAACACCAUACCAGUCUUCUCUUGCUCGAGGCUCGGUGGAGGAGUUGGAGAAUAGAGUAGCUGCAUUGAAACAACAGUUGAAAGAUGCUGAAGCAGAAUUAGAGAAAGUUAGAAAAGGCAAACAGAAGAUAUAAUCGAUCUCAGACGACUUGGGUGAUGAAAGCCUGCUGUUUUGCCUUCUUUGCUUUUGUAUUUUUUUAGGGAAGUGUCAUUGAACAAAUAAUUGUGUAUUUUCUAGAGGAAUUUUAUGUACUGUUUGUUUUAUUUAUUGUUCGGAAGUUCUUUUGUACCUUUGACAGAAUAAGUCAGGUUAUUUAGUCUUACAAUGUACUAGUAGAGGAAGGUGGCCAAUGGUCUCUUUAGAUGUUUUAACUGAAUGAUAAGGCCAGCAUUUAUUUAGUGAAUCUAAAGCAUAAAA